CAGAUAAAUAAUACAAAAUUCAAACUUACCAUUUUUGGAUUUAAUCUCAUCGUACAAAACCCACUAUGUUUUGUGACCUUGUCUGGGGGUAGAUCUGUAGAAAGGUGCCCACAGAAAGAUGCAUGCCCAUUUUUUGUGCGAGUCAACUCAACCAUUGAUUUUCCACCCAUAACUUCAUCUGAAGUGCAAGUCCAACUAUCCAAGGAAAUAUCCUCUUUAAAAUUGCACACUAUCAGCUCACGGAGUGUAACAUUAGAAGCGGCUCGCGUGGACAGUUUCGCUGCAAAAAACAGCCUCAAACAGCCCUUCAAAGCAGCCAUGUUGUUUAAGAGCCGUCAGACACAAGAACGUCAGCGGUCUAGGUAAAGAUACGUAGUGUAAGUGCAAUAAACUGAUUCUGCUCAUAUUUGGUGUUCUCUGAAAACCAAAGGCGAACAAAUGUCAGUAAAAUGUUUUAUUGUUUGUCUCAAACAUGCAGUACUACUUGCUUUAGGAGGAAAAUUGGACUUUCAGCAAGGCGAGGUGGAAUUCUAGUUCAUUCAGCAUUUGUCACCUCACUUGCGCGCAAAAUUAUGCCUGGAAAUAUUCCAAGUCUUCCAAGAACAAAUUUCAUAGAAAAAAGAACAAAAACAACUUUUUCAGGAAAUGGAGCAGAAAAUAGACCAAGGACUUCACAGGAAAGAAUUGGAUGGUUUGAAAAAUGGACAAAAAUAGGUGUCAGUUCUGCAGAGAAAUUUCACAGAAAUGUUGCAAAUACCAGGAACUUUCACACAAGUAGUAGACGUAGUAGCCACAUGCAUUCAGGAAAAAGUUCUGAGAAAAUUGGAGAAUGGGUGGGUGGUGUUUUGAAUGGCAAAACUAGAAUGAAGAAUAGAGCAGAGGGAUUGGGGGGGGGGGUUGCAUCAGCAAUAAUUUUCAUAUUCCAGAAUGACUAAUUAUAUUGUGUUGACUGGUUUGUAAGUUGGUAUGUUAUUGAUUUUGUCUUUGUUUUUAGAGAGAGAACAAAAUAUUUACUGUACCAAAUAUUUUGUGUUUUGGGAGAAUACUGGCAUCACCUGUCCUUGGAUAUUUUGUGCUUUCUGAGCAAUAUCUUACUGCAUUAGUUCUCUUUGUAGUUGCUGGUUUUACUGAUAUGGUGAGCAGCUGGUUUGCAGGUUGAUGCAAUAAUCAAGAUGCCAUUUGGCUAUUUUCAUGUUAGUUUGGACAAUAAAAGCUUGAAGCUGACCAACAUCCAACCCUGACCUAAGGGCCCACACCCUCCUACCCAAACUGUAGCAAUUACCUGCCACCAAACUUACACAAGGGUGGCACCUAUAUGGGCCCUAAGCCCCUCCCCCCCACAAGGCCAGAAUGUUAUUGUUAGUAUAUCAUAUCCCAGAACUUUUCUGUUUUCUAUGCAAAAGUUGGCAAAAAGUGCCACCCGCCCCUCCCGGAGCACUUUUAUCCGGCACCCAUGAUUGCAUAUAUGUGUAAAUUCUGGGGUCUAAUUUUCUAGCUCGAUGGUUUCAUUGCAAGACGUUUUCCAAGUCAAAUGUCAUAUUUAGGUAGCGUUUUGGAUCCAAUUGCGGAUAAAAUUCUUGUUGGUGUGUUAACUGUUUCAUUGUCCAUAGCAAAUCUUAUACCAGGUACAUGCAAUGCUCAUAUGAACUUGUUUAAAACCACUUUCUCCUUGACCAGUAGAAUAAUGGCUGGUAUAUUAGACAGAAUAAAAAUAUAGUAUAUGGCACAUCUGGAUGCCUUUUAGGAUCUAUUGCAGGUUAAUCCAUGGACUAAUGCACAAGACUCUUGAUCCCAUGACCAAUAAAAUUAUCUGGUAUUAGAUGAAGUCAAAUAUUGAAGAUGGGUGCAUUAGGGUGCAUUGCAGCUUAAUGGGUUAAAUAUAGGUUAAUGAUGAAGUCAAAAUACAAUUUUAGUUCAUAUGGUACGGUAUGCUUGCUGCUGAUACAGGCAUAAUUGUAAUAAGUUUGUUCACUACCUGUCUGCCUUGGACAUGGGCAUACCCCUUUGCUAUCCUAGUACCCAUUGCAGUACUGCCACCCCUCCAGAGAAGUUAGGUCUACUGGUGGUAUUUUGAAGGGUGCACUCUACCUGAAAUCAGCAUCCCUUGUUUGAUAAGCCUUCCAAAGCCCCAGCCAAACAAGGAUGAGAGUUGAUGAGAGUUCCAACAUUCUCACAUUUGACCACAAUAAAAUCAUCAACUUUGAGCUGGUUCAAAUAUUGAAGAGAGUUUAUGAGACUUUUUUGCUCUUUUGACUAUUAAUUCCAACAGGAAUUUCUAUUGCAAAUUGGCCCAAAUUCUAAUUGGAUAUUUCCAUAGAGGAUAUUAGGUAAUAUCCGUAAUAUCUCAUGAAAUUCUUGUUCUCGUUUGACUGGGACUACGAGAAUGCAGAAUACUCUCAUGGAAACUCUCACUUCUCAACUUUACCUUUGUAUUUAAUUAAUAUACCUAAUGUGUUCUAUUCCUAGUUCCGCUUGCAAUUAUUAUACUUGGUCGUGAUAUUGGAUUAAUAUUUGCAUCCUUUGCUGUGAGGUUUAUAUCUUUGCCUCCACCUGUAAGUUGAGUUCUCUAAACUGUUGACUAAAACUGCAGCGGUAUCAUAAGUGGGCUGUGGAGAUGUGCUAAUCAUCCUUAUUUGCAGCUAAGCUAAAUUGCGAAGCCGAAGGAUGCAGCUCGACCUGAUCGAGUCGACGGCUGUCUAAAGGCGCCUCUUCCAAUGAUCUCAUGACUUCUGACCACAGAGCACAGCUACAGUGGAAGAGUCAGUUAUAGUGGCUAAUCCCAACCCACCCUGUCAACAUUCCCUACGGGAGGAAACCAGAGUACCCAGAGAAAACCCCAUCAUAGAGCAUUGACUGACUCAUUUGACAUGAAUUGAAUCCGGAACGAGAAUCGAAACCACAAUCUCAGAGGUAAAAGGCACGAUUCUGCCUCCGAAGCCCCUAACCCACGGUGCACAAAUUAACAAAUUUGACACAAAUACACAUCUUGCCUUGAGAUGAAUUUACCAUGUGAAGAAGAAUGAAAGCACUGACACUGUACAGCCUACAAUCUAUACCAGUCAUCUUUUUCUUUUCUUUAAACAUAUAAUAGCGAGCUUAAGAUCUACAACGCGAACUUACGACGCGGACGUCGCAUUAAACAAGUUUUAUUUUAAAACGAUGGCAAAUUCCAUUAAAAUAUUUGUAUCACAGUAAAUAAAAUGAAAUUAUACUGGGAAAAAUGUACAACAUAACAGAGGCUAGCAAUAUAUUAAGAAGAUAUUUUUUAUCAUAAGUUUUUACGACUUCUAUGACGACGAAUCUUUGCAAAUAUCACGUCGUCUCGGAUGGUAGUUUUGGCGGGAAAAUGUGCAUUCGUAACAAUAUAGUCUAUAAAGCCUGGUUUCUAUCAUUUCAUAUGGCUGUUAACGUGUCAUAACAGUGUCACAAAUCUCAAAGAAAUAAACUCUGACAACUCUGACUAGGCUUAGACUCGAAAACUAGGCUUAGGUAAGCACGUCCGCGUCACAAAUUCGCGUUGUAGAUCUUAAGCUCCCUGAUAUUUGGAACAUUCACACGCGUUUGCCCUAAGACUAAGAACUGUAAUUAAGCUUAUCGCAAGGAGUUACACUGGGUUUACACAGGUUUUUCUUACAAUGUGAGAACAAAUUGAUUGAAUAGCUUAUAUAGCAAGCGUGUUUAAAGACAAGUAUUUGAAGGCCUUUGAAUUGUGUAGGAUGUACGAAUUGCGUUUUAUUGACGAUUUUUAAGACAUAUCUUUUUCUUGUCGGUUAAUGCAGAGAACGUUUUCGCGAUUCUUCGAUUUUCAGCUGCCCACCGUUCAAGUGACCCCUUCAAUUAUUGGAAAAGUGAGUAUAAAAUAUAAAUUGAGCUUUUUUAAUAUAUAUGAGUUAUAAGUAUCCGGCAGGAUAUUUUUCAAUAAUCCGGCGUAUCUGGGCCGGAUAGUAAAAUGCUCUCUCUGUCCGGCCAUGCACCCCUACUCGCCCUUGCAAUUUAUUUAUCAUAAUUUAAUCAUGGAACUUGUUGUUUGUGUAGGUAAACACUGCUUUACAGUUGGUUUUAAUCUCUCUAUCACUGGCUGCACCGAUCUUAGAUAUUACCGAACAUUCGGGCUUGCUAGCUCUGCAGUAAGUGUCAGAUAAGAUACUUAAAAUUUAAACACAUUUCCAGGUGCACGGAUUGCAACACUGACACUGUAUAAUCUGUAGUUAGACCAGUUGCCUUAAUUUUUCUUGCAACUUGCAAUUCUACUCUUGAGAGAUGUUAAUUAGUGAAAUCAGUGAAGAAUUUUCGAUAUGUCAAGAAAACAGCGGAGUGUAAUGAAGACUCGUAUUUGGCAAUUUUACAUCUCUCAAUAGUAGAAUUGCAUUGCAAGUUGCAAGAAGUGCACCGUGUAACAUGGCCUUUAUGGGAUUCCAAAUAAAUUAGCAGUUGCUUUCCUCUUUAUUAAUAAAUCUUUGUCUUAUUUGUCCACUGAGAGCAACCUUCAAUCUGAUGACACAAACAAUAGGAACUUGUAAAGAAAGAUGCAGUUCAGCCCUUGCAACUGACGCUACAGCCUACAGCUAGCCUGGCUUGUUACAACACAUCAUUUUGACGUAAUUCUUUGACAAAUGUUUCAAUGUUAUAAGAACAUAUACGGUGUCAAAACUGUCAAUUAGUCGCCAAAUUUUACCUUGAUAGAGUUCCAAAAGAUCACCUUCACUUAACAUAUGCUUGAUACGCCCAAAAAGGCCAUUCCUGGUGAAUUCAGACAGUGGUUUCCUAGAAAAUGUCCGGCGGCGCCAUCAGCAGCGCUGCCAGGAGAAUUUUUAACAAAAUAUCUGCGCAGGAAAUUUUCUCACAUCUUGCAGGAAACUUUUGUUAUCUUAUAUACUGGAAUGCUAUAUAUUUUACUUACUGCUUAAAAAUCCAAAAGCAUUUUGCAAGUCGAUAUUGAAGUAGAUCAUGUGCGGCGCCAUACGUUCUCUGAAAUACAUAUGCAGGAAGUUUUAUAUUUGACUCGCACAGGACAUUUUUAUUUUUGGAUUUUGCUGUCAGGAAGAGAAAUAUAUUUUCUAGGCCUGAUGAGGGCCGAGUGAUGAUCUUCUAAAGCUCUAUGAUCUAAUAUACACAACUCAGAUCAUAACUUAUUUUGUUUUAUUAGGUACACAGUAGGAAUCACAACGAUUGUUUCUGGAAUGGACUAUUUUAUAACACGACGAGGAUUCAGUAUUUUAGGAAAAGAAUAAAGAACGUACUAUAUGAGAAUGUGCAACUUCGUUGUACAGAUAGUAUAUAUAAAUAUCUGUAAAAAUAUAAUUACCAUAGCCAUAACUGGUCUCUGUAAAUAGGUAUUUUUCUGAAGUCAAAAAGUUGUUUUAUACUGAACUAAAUGGCCAGCAC